AUGGUUGACGAAGUAACAAAAAAGACUCUAUCGAAUAUUCCAUUAUUGAAAACGAAAGCCAGCCCACGCGACGGUGAACAAUGGCGGCAAAGACUUAAAGAAGAACUUCAAGCUUUAAUACAAUAUGUAAAAAAUAAUAAAGACGCUGACAAUGAUUGGUUUCGCUUGGAAUCUAAUCAAGAAGGAACUCGCUGGUGGGGAAAAGCAUGGACAAUUCAAGAUAUGUUACGUUAUGAAUUCGAUAUAGAAUUCGAUAUUCCUGUGACAUAUCCAGUGACAGCUCCUGAAAUAGCAAUACCUGAUCUUGAUGGUAAAACAGCAAAAAUGUAUCGUGGAGGAAAAAUCUGCAUGACUGAUCAUUUUCAACCUUUAUGGGCACGAAAUAUCCCACGUUUUGGUAUUGCUCAUGCUCUAGCUCUUGGUCUGGGUCCUUGGUUAGCUGUUGAAAUACCAGAUUUAAUUGCGCGAGGUAUUGUCGUACAUAAAGAACGAACAACAACAACAACAACUGGCGAUAGUGCCUCGUCAUCGAAAUAA